AUGCCCUUCGGCCACCUGAAGUUCAAGGAGCUGGGUGAAGAGGAGCCCACCUGGGAGGAGGAGAGCCUGGACAGCGUGAAGGCGCUGACGGCCAAACUGAAGCUGCAGACGCGGAGACCCUCCUACCUGGAGUGGGAAGCCCGGGUACGGGGGCAGCCCUGGCGUAGCCGGACCCCCGGGGGGGCGCGGAGGGCAGAGCAGGGCUCCGGGCACCCUGACGAUGAGCAGGACGGCGGCAUCUGUGGCUUUGCCACCGUGGAAUCGGCUCUGGAGUGGGUCAGGACAGAGCUGCGGGAGAUGCAGGCUGCAGACCAGCGCCUGGCGCAGCAGCUGAUGCGCCUGCGGGCGCAGCUGCACCAGCUGAAGGUGGAGCAGGCCUGCCACCAGCACAAGGAGAUGCUGGACGACGCUACCUUCGGCCUCGAGGGCUGCGAGGAAGACUCGGACCUGCUCUGCAACAUCCCGCCCAAGGCUGCCUUCCUGCUCUCCAUGCCGCUCAAGCACAUCGGCGUCACCCGCAUGAACAUCAACUCCCGACGGUUCUCCCUCUGCUGAACGUGGCGGGACC